GCCCACUCCUACUGGAAAUUCUAUAGUUUAGUACCUAAUCUGUGAUUCUUCUAACCUCUGAAUCUGAAAUUCUUUUAUGGUUCAAAAGUUUAUAAACUGAACCAGCCGCAGACAAAAAAAUCUAUGUAAAUAUAAAUAAAUUAUUUGAUUCUCUCAACUCAAGAAUUUUUUAGGCAGUAUAAUGGAAUUUAAUUUAAAUAUUUUCACACUUAAUUGUUGGGGCAUACCUAUAGUUUCUAAGAAUCGUAAAGAAAGAAUUAGCGCUUUAACUAAAUAUCUGAACACUAGUGAACAUACUAUUGUCUGUUUACAAGAAAUUUGGAGUGAAAGUGACUAUUUGUACAUAAAAGACAACCUUAAUAAAAUUCUUCCAUAUUCCUACUACUUUUAUAGUGGGGUACUUGGCUCUGGAUUGUGUAUAUUUUCCAAAUGGAUUAUCCAAGAUGUUUUUUUCCAUCAAUGGUCUUUAAAUGGUUAUAUUCAUAAAAUCCACCAUGGGGACUGGUUUGGAGGCAAAGGUGUAGGUCUUUGUCGUAUAAAAUGUGGAGAAAGGUUAAUCAAUAUAUACUGCACCCAUUUACAUGCUGAGUACCAUGAAGACGACAUUUACUUGGCACACAGAGUACUGCAAGCCUACUCUACGGCGGAACUUGUAAAUCUAACCAGAGAACCUGCAGAUGUAUCCAUUAUCGCAGGAGACCUUAAUACUUGUCCAGGUGAUCUGUCUUACAGGAUUAUCACACAACUGCCUUCUUUAAUAGACCCCUUCGAUUUGCCAUGUGAAGGAACAAAUCCAACAAUAAGAAAGCCUUCUGGAACAAGCGAAACUGCAAACAAUAGCUAUACUGAUAAGAAACAGGCAGAAACUCUUCCAGAGGGAAAAAGAAUUGACCACAUAUUAUUCCAUGUCAGUCCAUCAUGGGAGGCCAAAGUUAUCAACUUUGGAAAUCCCCUAGAAGACAAGGUACCUGGAGAACCAUUUUCAUAUUCCGAUCACAAUGCAGUUACAUUAGAAUUGAAAUUAUCGGCUGCUACAUCUAAUAGUGAAGAAAAGAAAUUAAUCAGAGACAAAUCUUUCGAUGCGACCGUGGCGCAGGCGAUUAAAGUGUGUGAAGAAGCUACAGAAACAAUAACAAAAUCCAAGAAGCUCUUCCUCACGUCUGGUGGGUUGUUAUUCAUGUUUCUUAUAGCGACAGUCGGAUUCUGGCCGAAUAAAAUAAUAUAUGACUUUAUAAAGAUAGUAAUGACUGGUUUCUGUUUUUAUUACUUAUUAAUGGGAACACUGUGGAAUAAGAUUGAAAUGAACAGUCUAAAGGCUGGUCUUAACGCAUUACAAAAUUUUAAUAAAACUAGGGCUGAAGUAAAAAGCUUAAACACCAAUGUAGAAGAAUGUAAAAAUAUCGAAUAGCGAAUCUAACAUAUCAACUCGGAGGUCCUUAUAGGACAUAAUGUAUGUAAAAUGUAAAAUAUCAUUAAUUGAAUAAGUCAUAAUAAGAAUAAUUUGAACCUUUUAAAAUCUAAGUAUAAUACAAUGUUGAAUACAAUUCAAAUAUGUACUUGUAUUUUCGCAAUAUAAAAUGCAAGUGCUAUAUCAAAUAUGAAAACACUAAUGACACAACUGUAUUAAUAGCUCAAUUGUUUAUAAAAACACAGUAAUAUAAUGAGGCUCUUUUAUAUAUAAUCGAAAUUUCUGUUUUGUAAAAAAUCUUUGAUACCUUAUACAAAAUGCUCAGUUAUAUAGAUCACAAGUGUAUUCUGAAUGCACUCUCGAGUUAUAUUAAUUGAAUAUUGCUCAAUGUGCUAGACUAUACCUAUAUUACGGCCUACAGGCACAAAAAAUUGUAUUAAUUGGAAUCAGUCAGUGAUAGAAAGAAGCUUUUGAAACAGACAAACAGUGCCUUAAUUUUUUUUAGAAAAUAUGCCGUAGUUCAAGGAUCAUUCUUAAGCACAACCAAAAAUAAUUACUCACCACGAUAGAUAAAGUGGCACAGGUAAUGGCUCGUUCCCCAUACAUUGAAUGGCCCCGAACGCACAGCAAUGAGAAAAUGCUAGUUGUAUUCGGAAUCAUUCAUAAAUUCUCAUCAGGAAUUUGUUCAAAUACGAACAACUUGAGGAACCGUGGCCUACUACAAAUGUAUAAGAUAUUAUACUUAAUCGUAAACGAUGUAUACUUUAUACACUCGACUGCAAAUAAACUGGGCCACUUGCUACCACGGAACUCUGAUUUGCUUUUCUCAAAAAACUUACAACUAUCAAAAUUGUAACUACAGAUAGUGCGUUUCCUGGUGAUUAAAAUGAACUAGAAUUUAUUGAGAUUAAUCAAUUAAUUAAAUUUUUAUUUAAAAAAGCCAAGGAAGAAUCGUUUUCCAAUUGUGGUAUUCGGAAGUAACGAACGAAGCAAAAAUACUCACGUCUGAGAAAACUAAGGAAUUGAUAAGAAGUAUCAGACUACCUUCAUUUUAUAAAAAAGAACGAUAAUCGCGACUUUAUUAAAAAAAUAGCAAAUUGAGCAUUGCUGUUCUUGCUCGAUUACAAAGUACUUAAGAAUAAAUUUUUACUCAUUAAUAAUUAUGAAACACACUUUCUGUAGAUAUAGCUUUAAUAGCUGUAAGUUUUAUACUUUUUGGAAAAAUCUAAUUAAAGUUCCAAUGUACUAGCGGUUGGCCCAGUUUAUUUGCAGUCGAGUAUAUAUUCUGAAUAUAUUUAUUGUUUAACUUUUUGUAAGAACUUAAAUCAUAUAAAUUAAAUGAACAUAAAAUGCUAUUAAUAUACUAAAAAUUAUAAUAUUCAUAUUGAUUUAUGACAGUUGGCACUAGGGUUGCCAACCCUACUAUAUAAGGGGAUCAAAUACUGUUUUUUUUUUAAUAUAUAGAGCGCGAUACUACUAUAUUUUGCUUAAAGCAGACUUUUGUCUGAAAAAGAAAAACUGAAGUAUUGAGGUAUAGAGCAACAAAAAUAAAGUAAAUAUUUUAUUUUAUUUAAUUUUUUGUCAUCUACUAUACUUUUAGACAUAACUACUUCGUGAAUACUAUAUUUGAUAGAAAAAAGUUUGUAACUCUAGUUGACACCUAUGAUACCUAUACAUACCUGUUUAAUAAUAGAUUUCUUUAAGACAAAUGAAAUGCUUAAAGGCUUUUCAUUUACCUGUUUCUAUAUUUUAUUAUUAGUAAUUAGGUAUAUAUCUGGUUAUCAUUAUUUUAUUAUCAUAAAAAUAAACAGAUAUUAUAUGGGAUGGGAGUAUAAAUUAUCUUUACAUAAUUUCAGAAAUUAUCUACCAAUAAAUGUAAUAUAAAUACUAGUGAUAAGUAUUAUUAGUAUUACUAACUAAUGAAGGUAGGCACUUAGUUAUAUUGUUAUGUUGAUAAAUACCUAUGGUCGCGUAUAAUGCAGUUAUUAAGGCUAUCUAUUCCAAAUUGGUUAGAAUAGAAUUUAAUUAAAAAGAACACUUUUAUUUGAAAACAUAUUUUUUAAUCUCAUUGGCGGGAGACGUGGCGUGGGGCUACUGCAAACAUGCACCAAUUUCUCUCACCGCUUAAGAUACCUGCCGCGACUUGUAAUUAGGCUUGCCAGAUGGCAGGGAAAUCCGGGAUUGUCCCGGAAUUUUGCAUCUCGUCACGUGUCCAGUAAUAAGACCAUAUUAUUAUUGUCCCGGAUUACGAUAAUGUGCUAGUUUCGUAACCAAAAUAAACUAAUUAGUAAUGACACCAGUGGCCUCCUUGAUGUUUUAAAUCUGGAGGGUGAUGGGGGGUUUGAUUUGAUGCUUUAUUUUACGGGGGGGGGAGGGGGGG